UAUUAGACUUUCAUAAGAAAACUUAUGUCUUUCUUUGGCUGGCUAAAGGAGUUUUAUUAUUUGUUACUUUGAUAACUUACCCCUUUUUCUGAGAAGAUGGAGAAGAUAUUGCUGUCUAUAUUUUCUUCAUGCUUUAUUAUGGAACAAACAUUUUUUAUCCAUAUACGCUGGUUACUUCGUAUUAUUUGUUCAUUUUCAUGUUGUUUAUUCCUUUAAUCCCAGUAAUUGUAUUUUAUUUCUUCUUGUGUUUCCUGAUUUCAGUUUGCAAGAUACCAGUUGAUUGCUAUCUUGGAGUAUUCGGAAGCCCUGUUACAAACUUUGAUGAAUUUCACUCAAUUCGCCUUGAUGGUAGGAUCCAUCCAGUAGAUAUAAUGCCGCAAGUCCCUCAUAUUCCAAUUCCCAAUCAAUCUGAAAUGAUAAAAUUUUCUGCAAGUAAAUUGAAAUUUGAUUUCUAAUAAUAGGAUCCUUUUCUUCUUCAGUCAGAACUAGUCAUCCCGAAGAUGGGCCUAGACUUCCAAUAAGAAAUAUUAAUGAUGAAAGAAAAGAGCAGAUUCUCAAUGACGGCCAAAAUAUUUUGAAUGAAAUUAGACAAGCCCUCAUUAAUAGAAGAAUUAGAGCAAAUGAGGUAGAUGAAGUUUCUCGUCAAGUCUUCUUGGACUGGGUUCAAGAUUUGACACAAAACGAUAAUACAGAUUCAAGUGCAUGACCUAUUUGUAGUGAGCAAUUACUAAGAGAUCAAAGAGUAGUUUUUCUUCCAUGAAGUAUGACAUCAAGAAGACAUAAGUCUCAUAUCUACUGAAUCAAUGAAUGGCUAAGAAGAGACAAGAGAUGUCCAGAAUGAAUGAUCUAUAUCAGAAAUACAGUA